ACCUUCCCUUUGCUAAACCCUGGAUCCUUUGUCUCUGUAGUCAUGAGGCUGAAGGGGGUGGGGACAGUGUUGAUAAAAGGCACUAGAGGCAGCUCCCACACCCUUCCUCAGAACUGCUGCCCACAUGCAGCCCCGGAUACAGCCCCUAGCCCAAACCCUACCUUUCUUCCUCCGAGGGGCUCCUCAAGACACUGGGCUGCAGGUGCCUGUCAUUAAGAUGGGCACAGGGUGGGAGGGCUUCCAGCGGACCCUGAAGGAAGUCGCCUACAUCCUCCUCUGCUGCUGGUGUAUCAAGGAACUGCUGGAUUAAUGGUGGCAGGGAACUGCCUCCUCUCCCCACCAGCACCAUGGCUGGCAUCGCUCAGGUGGGCAGAGUAGAGUAAACAGGAGGCAUAGCUGCAGCUUCUGUGGCAGAGCUUGCCUCAGCUUCUCAUUCUCUUCUUUAGCCCCCAGCCCAAUUGCCUUCAAGACUCCUGGGGCCAGCUGUGCUUGACCAAGGAUGGGCCAUAAACAAUGAGUAAAGAGUGAAGUGUGGAUCCUGCUUUGAGCUGUGUCAUCUGGCGGCCCUGCCUCAUCUCUGAGCCUCCUCCAUUCUCAACCCCUGCCUCUGGGGAACCUCUGGUGGGCAGGAGCUUGGACUGAUCUGGCUAGGA